GACUGUAAUGAAGCUUUCGUUUCAUAACACGAGCAAGCCUAUUCCUGAAACCUGGAUCUUAGAGUGGCCAGAGGUGCAUGAAGCGAGAAUCCUUACUGGUAACCCUUGACAUGAUACGGGGAUCAAGGACAUGAAGAAUGCGUGUCAGUCCCUGGGCUGAGACGAGCUAGUGAGUGUGCCAUCGUCUGCUCCCGUUAGAGAUGCUCUAAUUGUGGCCGCCCCAGUGCUGAGGAUGCUGCAGGCGGGGCGGGGGCUGGUUGUGGGCUGUGUUAGAGGAGUUGGGGGCCGACUGCCUCUGCCACCCACCACCUUCCCCUAUGGUGUGGGGGUGCUAGCGGCAGGAUUGAGGUGGACACCACAGUCAUGGAGUCCCCCGGAGAGUCAGGAACCCCAGGCAGACCCCCAGGAUGUGCCACAUUUACUCAGCAAAGCCACUGUGGAUGGCAACCUGGAUAGUGCUUACCAGGGUCUGCACACACUCUCCCAGUGGGUGUCCACAAACAAGGUCAACUUCCAGAAGGAUGUGAAGGAUGAGGAACAGUUUGGGAAAUUAAUAACCCUGAUAGACCGAGGCAGCAUCCGCACUCCCCCAUCCUCCUUGCUGGCAGCCCUCAAGAGCCUCACCAGGAUGGGCGUGAGCAGCGACUCACAUGUGGUGCAGUCCAUCGAGAACCAGCUGCUGUGGAACAUAAGGAAGGUGUCUUUCCCUAUCCUGCUGUCCAUCUUGCUGUUCCACAUCAAGCACCAGAACUCUGACCUGGAGAAGAAGGUGCUGCGUGAGGCGGUGGAGGCAGUGCAGCGGCGGUGGGUGGAGGUGACCAAGGCCUCGGAGGUGGAGCUGCUGUACCUUCACCAGGAUCUCUUUACUGUGGAGUUUAUGGGUCAUGUUGAUGACCGUACCACGGAGCUGACAGCCGAGCUGAGCUACGAGGAGCUGGCCAAGGUGUUUUGUGCACUGGGGUCGGUGAGGCGCCGUGCCACGCCGGUCAUCCGGAGCUUGGCCUUCCAUAUGGCACGCCAGGGAGAGCCACUGCCUCCCAAGAUGCUGAGUAACAUUCUGUUUGCUGCACAAGCCCUCACCUUCCCUGACCCUGUGCUGCUGGAGAAGGUGGCAGCAGACCUGGCACCUCAGAUCCCACAGAUUGACAAGCCCACGCUGAUUGGCAGCAUACUCUUUUGUGCCGGCCAACUACGCUGGCGGUGUCCAGUGCUGCUGGAGGCACUGGCAGAGUGGGUGGAGAAGAAUGCCAUGGCCUGUCCUGCACAGACCCUGGCGUCGGUUGUGCUCACGCUGGCCACUGUCUCUUACAUCCCGAAUGACAUAGAUUCUCUGUUCAGAGUGGUGUUGCCGCGCCUCAGCCAGGAGUCACUGGGUCGCACCUCAGCCUGGCUGGAUGUGGUGUGGGCGCUGGUGGUGCUGGGCCGGGCGGACGCUCAGCAGGUGGCCUCCGUACUGAACCCAACCUUUGUGGCGGCAGUGAUGGCAGCCGAGGCACAGCACCGGCCUGGUGUGAGGCUCAAGCUGCUGAACGUGGAUGCCGCAGCGGGGUUGCUCAUACCGGGCUACUCAGGGCCCCGCAUGGAGACUGGAGAGUUGGAAGGGGCAGCCAUGCCAGUGCGGGGCCGGGAGGAGCUGCGGCUGUCCCGCCACGUGCUGAGCACCCUGCACAACCUGGUGCCGCCACCUCGCUUCCUGCUGCAGAAUCUUCCUGCCCCUAUGGGUGUGCAUGUGGAUGGAGAGCUGCUGACGGACCAGCAGGGGCGGCCCCUCCCUAUCCAGGACCAUGGGGGUGUGCUGGCGGGGAAGGGACCUGCCUCCCCACCCCCAGAGGGUGCCGUCAGGUUGGGGCUGCUGGUGUGGGGCUUCAGAGACUACACCACAGGUACCCAGGAACUGGUGGGCAGUGCCCGCCUGGCGAUGCGCCUGUUGGAGGCCCGGGGGUGCCGGCCCCUCCAGGUGCCCUAUUUUGAGUACAGCACUAAGGCCAAGACUCUAAAGAAUGCAAAGUACCUGGAGGCGAAGAUCAAGGAGGUUGUCUCCACGGUGAGUUAGUGCUGUGGCUGCUGCUGCUGUUGUUGUCCUGUGUACAUAAUGAGUUAUCUUUGUGAUCAUGAUGACCUAGAAGGUUUUAAUAAAAUAAUUCAGUA